CACAUCUUCACAUCACACUCCUCACUCUCUGCAUGACUGAUGACAGGAGGAUCAAGUCGGCACAUUUAUAUGCAUCUUUUAGCAAUGAAGUCCCUCAGAAUGAUGUCUUCACUUUGCGGGUGUUUUCUAGUAAUGAUCUCAGGAGCUUUCGGGAACGAAUGGAGUGUGAUACACAGCCCACUAUAUCUCUGUGCUUUAAAAGGAUCUACAGUGGUUAUGAAGGCCACUUACACACAUCCAACUCAUUUAAAAGUGACAAACAGGUUUUGGGUAAUAAACCCAGUUCCAGAUAAAGUACCUACUGAUCUGGGUGGUGAACCAGGUUACUCAGGCAGAGUGGAAUAUUUAUCAGAAACACAGAAUCAGUUCUCCCUCAAAUUGAGCGAUGUGAAGAAAUCAGAUGAACACAGGUACUGCUUCAGAAUGAUAACAAAUGCAGACCAAUGGCUGGGAAAACCUGAAGUUACACUCAGAGUUACAGAUCUUCAGGUGAUCGCUCCUGGAGAAGUGACAGAGGGACAAUCAGUCAUUCUGACCUGUAAAACCACCUGCAGUCUGACUGAUCCAACAUUCAUCUGGUACAGAAACACACAUGAUUUAACCACAAACACCUUCAAGGGCAACGAACUCCACCUGCAGAGGGUCAGCAGUGAGGAUGCAGGCAGUUAUAGCUGUGCUGUAAGAGGAUCUGAACAUCUCCCAUCUCCUGCUCAUAACCUCAAUAUAAGAUAUAGUCCAAAGAAAGUCUCAGUGUCCAUCAGUCCCUCUGGUGAGAUUGUGGAGGGCAGUUCUGUGACUCUGACCUGCAGCAGUGAUGCAAACCCACCUGUGGAGACCUACACCUGGUUUAAGGGAAUGACAUCAGUGGGAAAAGGGAAGACCUUCACAAUCUCUAAGAUCAGCACUAAGGACAGUGGAGACUACAAGUGCAUGUGCAGUAAUAAUCUCGGACAUCAGUCCUCAACCAUUGUAACUCUGAAUGUUCUGUAUCCUCCAAAGGUGGUCUUAGUGUCUAUUAGUCCCUCUGGUGAGAUUGUGGAGGAAAGUUCAGUGACUCUGACCUGCAGCAGUGAUGCAAACCCACCUGUGGAGACCUACACCUGGUUUAAAGGAAUUACAUCAGUAGGCAGAGGAAAGACCUACACCGUCUUAAGGAUCAGUUCUAAAGACAGUGGAGACUACAAGUGCAUGUGCAGUAAUAAAGUCGGAAAUCAGAACUCCACCAGUGUAACUCUAAAUGUUCUGUGUAAGUUUUAACUGAGGAUCUUCUCACAAACAAUGGCAGGUAAAAUUAUUAGUAAUUAACUUUUAAGUGUUACCUUCCUGUCCAAUGUUAGAUCCUCCAAAAAAGGUCUCAGUGUCCAUCAGUCCCUCUGGUGAGAUUGUGGA